ACAGAGCUCGACGGCACAGGAAAGUUUCUUCGCGUCGCUUUGGCGUUUACCAAGAUUGUCCUACUCCUUGGUCUUCUGUACUUGUUCAUCUGUUCAUUGGAUUUCCUAAGCAGUGCCUUUCGCUUGUUGGGAGGAAAAGCCGCUGGCGAAGCCUUCGCUUCGAAUGAAAUCCUCAGCAACCCUGUGGCUGGCCUUAUGAUUGGCAUCUUGGCAACUGUUCUUGUUCAAAGCUCGUCCACUACAACGUCCAUCGUGGUCUCAAUGGUAGCUGCUGGCAGUAAGUUUUGUAUUUUAUAACGACAAUGUUGCAUGGUUUUGGAAGAUAUUUACCAGACUUUACUGUAAUUUAUAUAACGUUUUAGCGCGUCCAAUAGCUUCCAGUGGUCACAUAUCUAAAAAGAAUUUCAGCAUUUUUAAAAUCAAUGCUGUGUAAGACAGAGGGUUUUAUUGAUUUUUGGACCAUGUUUUCGUCAUAGAGGAAAAAAACCCCAAAAUUUUGUCACUCAUCGAAAAAGCAAUACAACACACUUAUUUUGAGUUGAUAUUAGCCUGGUAGCCAAUAACCAACAACGCUGAGGUUUGUCCGGCUUGAACUGUGCAAAAGCUACAGAAGUCAAUUGAAAAGUCUUUUCCUUGUUUGUUUUUCUUCCAACCAUUUCAUUAAUCAGUUUUGUCACAAAACCAAGUUUCAGAAAUAGAUACUAAGUUAGAUUCCCUUUGUCGCACAUUUUGUUUUUGGAGUUUUCUGGGGUAUUUUUUAUUCUGUUUAUCAUUUUUACUUCUGCAUUUGUGCUAUUUCAAACAUAAGGCAGAGAUUGAUUGGCAAAUGAUGAUGUUUUGGUUUUCCCUCGAGAGUGCCUGGUGUAGAUGGAUAAGCGCUCAUUUCGCCCCGGUUAUUUAGCCACCUGUUUUAGAACGAGGAAUAUUAUAAAGAAGCGCGCUUGUUUUGGUUUAUGGCUUAUAGAACGAGGAGCAUAGAGAGCUAUUCCAAAAUCUAACCAAGCCAUAUCACUGGUCGCAAUGAAGUUCCGCCCCUUGCGUUUUAGUUACCAAUGAAUGUAUUGAUUUGAAGCAAGUUUCUGAUCCUUUCUAUUGUGAAAUAUCACAGUUCUAAGUUGGUUGCCAUUUAAACAAACAGUGAAUCAGCCCGUUGUCUGUCGAUCCAGUAAUUAGAUCCAUUAACAAUCGUAAAAACGAAUUAAACUGGAUUUCCCUGAUUGGGCCAAUUUAACAAUUGAUUUGUUUAACAGUACGAGAAAAAGCAUGAUUUGAAAAUGUAUCAAGUGUGGAGAGAGCGUGUUAUGGUUUCGUGGACACAUUAAGCGCAGGUUAAUAAGCGUACAGCCAGGGGGUAGCCAGUCCAUAGACCUGUAGACCCGGGCCUACAAAUUUUUGGUUUGAUCACUCUACCCGGCGAUUGUAAUAAAUUACGCGUUUUUGGGGUGAGCUAAAAAGCUAAAAAGCUCAAAAUGUUGGUGACGUCAAUGCGUCAAUGCGUCCAAUUUUCAGGAUAUGUGGAUAUCAAAGUCAGCCAGGCUUACAACUAGACGAAAAGCUGGCUACGCCCCUGACAGUUAUGUUUUUCACUUCAGAAAUCCUUUAAGGGACUGGUUCACGAUAAUGCGCAUGCGCGCGGUUUGUCUCUUCAGAAUAUAUUUGUCGGGUCAACACUAAAUUCGAAAUCGCCAUUACCGGUACAAUCAUUGGAAAUCCUUGGUUUUAUUCGGACAUCCGUCGCUUUGGCUGGUCUAGUUAUACUUCGGUAGUGGUGAUUAACGUGUGGUUGUGUCGUUUGACUGGUUACGUUUUAAGAAGACGCAAAAAUUAAUGUUUUGAUCAUGGAGGUUCAGAAGAGCAUCGUAGCCGUCCGGCAACAGGACGUUCUCAAGAGUCUUUGGAGAUAGAGAAGCUUAGCCUAUCGAUCUGGUAUGGUUCUAGGAGUAGUGUGUGGCUUACGAAAAGAAUACACGACAUUUGGAAAGUGGUUAAAGGCAUGAGUUCGUUCAACUUUGAUUUGAUUUUUGAAUCCGACCUGUAGUUAUACCGCAACAGGCCGCACGAUCUUCACCGAUCUGGUACACUUGAAAUGUUCCUUGUAUCUUUGCUUUACGAUCGUAUAUGUUUAAGAAUUGAUGUUUUUAAAAUAAAUUAUUGCCUGAAUAUUCUGUUUAUAAUCUAGUUUCUUUAUGUGUGCUACUCGAUAACAUUUGUUUUGCGGAACACUGACCCGAUGCAACGCGAAUGAAUUUGUUCAUUUGCUGAUAAGUAAUUGAAAUUUAUGCUCAGUUAAGGAUAAUCUUUAUACUCAUACAUUGUGUGUUUUUGUCACCGGUCAGGCGCUAUUUGUAGGUAUUUCUGGGUUUAUAUAAGGCGAACUGAGAGUACAGUAAUAAGAUGUUUGUUGACAAAUUUUGUUUGCCGAUCGGUGACUGUUUUGUUAGCGUGGGUACGACCUCGUAAAAAUACACGUUGGUAAAUGUUUGUUUCAAAGCAGGACAGGGCUGUAUAUCUUAUUCUUAUCGGCUGCAACAUAUAUCUGAGGAGUAGCAAAGAAUAAACUUGAAUUAUGGGGAUAAAUAAAAUCAAACCAAAUGCCCGGAACAAUUAAUUUGAAUUUUUUAAAUUUACUUGCGUGCAUCUAACUCUCUUCCGAUUGGUUGAAAAACAAUCAGCUACUGUCAGAACUCACUCAUGCGCAUGAAGGUGAACCAGUCCCUUUAAAUGUAGCUUUUAAUAUGUUUGUAACACGCGGCGUGACGUUGUGAUUCUUACCCCUAAAAUGCAAACAAACUGAUACUAUUAUGCGGGCUUUACCCUUGCACUUGUUGUUGAACAGAAACUACACUUUGAACCACAACAUCAUACCACCUCUAAUCACUCUCUGAUCACGUGCGUCAGUGUUCAAAAUCUACGUUUGUCUCUUCUAUCCAAUUGUUAUGUUCUAUCAAGCGACAAUUGUCGCGGAUGGUUGCACACUCACACACUCAUCAACUUUUUACAAUAAACAGAUCGUUAUCACACGUGAGAAUGACAACUGGUGAAAGUAUUUUCAGAAUAUCCCAAAUUCUUUCGCCAUAUGCCUAGUCCCUGGACCUCACUUUCCUCUUUCCUAAUCGUCCUCCCAAUUCCAUAAUAAAAUACAGUGAAAACAUACAGCGUGCCUGAAGCGCUCGCUCCCUCAUGAAUUAGCCAUUUUACUGAAGUUCCGCUUGUUGUGUCGAAUGUUAUGUCGGUUGCGACAUAACUGAUUGUUUGGUCACGCUGCCAUGGUAGCAAAAUUUCUGGAUGACAACAAACCGAAAACGUGAAUUCACACUGUUUCAAACUUCAUCGAUCUUAUUCAUUUUACGUAUGCCAAACCAGAUUUUAAGACCUGGGACGGCUCACAAAUAGAGAAGGCACACCUUCAAUUUUGUAAACGAUACUAGCUUCUAAUAUAGUUUGUAGAGCAGAGCUUGGUCGUUUUUCUUUAAAUAUCACAAUCAAUCAAAAAAUUCUCAAAUACAUUUUGUAUAUACAGUCUAAAGAUAAGGAAUCUCCCGUCAAACAAGCUUUUUUAAUGUCAUUCGACUUACACUGUAACAGCAAAAAAAAACUUUAACCGUGAUUUAUUAGAUAUCGCCAUGGUAAAAAGCUAUGUAAGUUCAAUGAAACAGGAAUAUAUCUCAUAUUGGCAAAACACCCUUCAACAUUCUCAAAAACUUGAAUUUUAUAGAUCUUUUAAAACCGAUCAUACCUCCUCUAGUUACUCAGACUUGACAAGAGGAAGAGGUGGGAGAAUUGUUUUAGUAAAACUACGAAUAAGCAAUCACAAACUAAUGAUAGAAAUAGGCAGACACAAUCAAACUACGAAGGAUAAUAGGCAUUGCCCUUUUUGUGGAUGCAAUGUGAUAGAAGACGAACUACGUUCACUUUCUUUUUCAAUGUCCUACAUACUCUAUGAUUAGGAAUAAAUUUUACUAUAAAGUCAAGACUCUGAUUCCAAAUAUUACCCAGUUACCGAUAAACGGUUUGAUCAAUGAACUGAUGAACUCUUCUAAUUACUUUAUCAAUAUACAAUUCAUAAAAUAUAUUUCAGCUUGUUUUGAUUUUCGUGACAAAUUAUUAUCAAAGUAACUUAACUUUAAGUAUUUGUAUGGUCAUGCAAAUGAAGCUCGUUGUUGUAUUCAUUUUCAUUUAAUUUGUCAAAUGUUGGCGAAAUUUUCAGCGGUUGAAUUCGAAAGGACGGUAUCUAAGUUUAGAAAAAGAACAAGAAAAUUUUGGUGUUUUGUUCACCUACUUUAUAAAGCGGAGGCGUGAAACUAGUAAGUUUCAUGUAACAGUCGUGCAACGACAGCUAAGAAAUGUAAAAAGAAAAAAAAAACGUGAUGCACGUGAAAAGUUGUUGUUUUGCUAAUCUAAACCUAUUAAGCCAGUUAUUUAAACAGAGUUUAGCCAGUGUUUAACAAAACCUCGUUCUCACAUAUUUUCUGAUUUCCUAAUACUUUUAUCCUAAAACUAUUUAUCGUGAAAAGAUGCAUAACUAGGCAUAACGCGUAGACUAGAAAUGGCAUCUAUAUUCUUAAAAUAACCAUUUCGGGAUGAGAUCUGGAGGUCCAAAGAUUUGCUAAACCGCGGCUUAAGUUACACUUCGUUUAAAUAACCGACCCAUUGUUUUUUGCCGUUCUCGUUGCCGUUGCCGUCGCCGUCGCCGUCGUCGUUGCUUAAGCUUCCUACUGUUGUGAUCCAAAAAUUUUGCUACUAUGGUAACGUGACGUCACACUUCUCCUCUUUGUUGUGUUGUGUCGAAUUGCACUGUGGGACUGUUUUGGAGGACGAAUUUUGAUCCAGUUUCCUGCGAAUCCUCAUAUCCGGUUGAAAAGUAAAUGGAACACGGCUUUUCGGGUCGUUGCAGUGCAAACUUUCUGGGAGCAAACUGGAACAUCCGGAAAGGUAGUCCUGUUUUUCCACACGGAAUGUUCCUAGCAGAAAUUUGCGUUCCAUUUAUUAAAGCCCACCUUUGAUACCAGUCUCGGGCUUUCGCGGCCGUUUUUCGAUAACAGCCCAUCUAAAUGGUAAGCACGAUUCUGGAACAAAAUUUAUCAGCCCUGUCGCGUUCCCAGUGUCGUAGACCCGUGGCGUUAGGCACUGGAGUUCGCCAGGUCAACCACAGUGAAGCACUAGGCGGUCAGCAAGAUUUAAUGGCGUUUAUUAAAAUCAGGCUAGUUGGACUAUUUACAGCACUUGCGGUGAAAACUAGAAAGAAACGUGCGAUUUUUACGUCAGAAGAAACGAAAACUACGAUAAUGCUCAGUGCACGAAAAAAGAAGGAAAAACAAACUACUAAAUUUACAAGCGUGACUUACGUCUGAUCUUGACUCCGGGGGUUAAAAGAACUCCAAAUCUCCUACAGCUGAAAUAACUCCGAAAGUUCUCCAAAAGCUCCUUACACUGUGAUGGACUUCUUACAACUGAAUAAACUUGCUUAGGAAAAGAGUAUAUCUAAUGCAUGUCUUCUGACGUAAAGGAAAUAAAACUGAAUAAAGCUUUGUACGCUUAGCCAAAAAACGGAUAUGCGAUGAAAACAAUGCUACAAUCACGAAAGAAAAAAACAGUCCUUAAAUGUAACUAAUUAAAAUGUCAUAUCUCGAGGAUGAAGUGACAAGCCCUGAUUUUUACUUAGCAAUUGUCCAAACCACGAACCGACCGGUUUGCCCAUGUAACAGGUAAACACUCAACCAUUAGCUCUCAAACGACCAAAACAGUCUCAAAAAGUGAAAUUCACCACCGUUACAACAUCAACCCUGUCUCAUGAGAGCAACCUUAAAUGGUGUUUCCACCACUGCACGCGGUUCAGUUUCCUCGACUGCUUAUCGCUUCCGGCUUGUUUAGUGAACAUCUAAUUCAAUAGACCUUAUUUUCGCACAAGUUGUUUUGAACGCAACUGAUUUAUAGAAAACCUUUUAUAACAGUUGUAAGGGAAUAAUAGGUCGCAUAAGAAUGAAGUAAAGGAACCACUUUGUUAGUCCCUGGUAUUCUAAUUACUUUUUUUACUCCUGAAUAGCAAUCACUAGAAUCCCCAUACAGACCCUUCUUGGGCAAAUAUAAUUGACACCAUUAAGCUAGGGCUACCUAUGUUUUCAAACGUAUUUCAGGUAUUUAUGAAUAGUGAGAGAUUAACAGAGAACUUUACCUUUCAGUUGUAGAUGUUAAGCCUGCCAUUCCAAUCGUAAUGGGAGCGAACAUUGGAACAUCAGUCACCAACACCAUUGUCUCCUUGGCUGAAGCUGCCGAGCGAAAUGAAUUCCGUCGUGCCUUUGCUGGAGCCGUCGUACACGAUAUAUUCAACUGGUUGUCUGUUCUUGUGUUUUUGCCUCUGGAAAUAGCUUCCGGCUACUUGCGCCGACUAACUGGGAAGAUCAUUGACUCUCUCAGUCUCAAAACAGAUGAAGGUGUCAACCAAAAGUUGUUGAAAACAAUAACGGAACCAUUUACCAAGCUUAUUAUUCAGUUGGAUAAAAAAGUCAUAACGAAUAUUGCUCUUGGAGACCAAUCUGCUGAAUCAAAGUCUCUAAUCAAAAGUUGCAAGCCGAAACUUGAAAUUAAGGAGAUGAAUGUGACUGUGGGGAAUGUUACUGAACUUAAGAAUGUGUCGUCUGAAACAGAAGCUUCCUGCAAGUUCCUUUUUGCAGACACUCCACUGAGUGACACAGAAGUCGGUGUCAUAAUCUUGGUUAUAGCUAUCGCUCUUCUUUGUGUCUGCCUUAUACUGAUCGUCAAAAUCCUUCAUUCCAUGCUUCGCGGUCAGAUGGCCAAGAUUAUCAAGAAGACCGUCAACGCAGACUUCCCAGGGCUGUUCAAAUAUCUCACUGGUUACUUUGCCAUCUUGGUGGGUGCUGGGUUAACAAUGUUGGUUCAGUCCAGUUCCAUCUUCACCUCUGCCCUUACGCCUCUUAUCGGUGUCGGAGUGGUGUCUCUUGAGCGCGCGUUUCCACUCACUUUGGGUUCAAACAUCGGAACAACUGCAACAGGCAUUCUGGCAGCCCUGGCAAGUACCUCAAACUUGGACAAAGCUCUCCAGAUUGCCUUCUGCCAUCUGUUCUUCAAUAUUUCUGGUAUCAUAUUGUGGUAUCCAGUCCCUUACGUUCGCAAAUUGCCUAUCAACACGGCAAAAUUCCUGGGCAACAAAACUGCUGAGUACCGCUGGUUUGCCUUGGCUUAUCUGAUUUUUGGAUUCUUCCUCCUUCCUGCAGCUAUAUUUGGCUUGUCAUUGGCUGGUUGGCAAAUCCUGGUUGGUGUUGCGGUCCCAAUUGUUCUCCUCUUGCUUUUCAUCAUUAUUGUCAACAUCCUUCAGAGGAAAGCCCCAGAAGUUUUGCCAGAGGCUCUCCAAGAUUGGAAAUGGCUACCAAAAUGGACACGAUCAUUGGAGCCAUAUGAUCGUGUGUUUAAAAAAUUGGCUGGACUUUGCUGCCGCGGUAGAAAUCGGGGGGACUGA